CAAAGGUAUAGUCCCACACCAUCCCGUCUACCUGAUCCUUGAGUCCCUGCCCUUGAAUCAUCAGCCUCUGGUUGGUGACAAUCAGUAACUUGCCAAGAUGGGAGGAGGAGACUUGAAUUUGAAGAAAUCAUGGCAUCCCGCAACCCUUCGGAACCAGGAGAAGGUAUGGAAAAAGGAACGGGAAGCGGAGGAGGAGCGCAAGAAGAUGGAUCAACUUCUGAAAGAGAAAAACGAAGAACGGCAAAUGAUGGAGCUCCAAGCGCUAUCGGAGGCCGCCGGGAAAGUCAAGAAACGCACGGAGAGACUUGACUGGAUGUAUUCUUCAGCCGGAGGUGGAAACAAGGCAGUCGAUGAGGAUCGAGAAGCAUACUUGCUCGGUAAAAAGCGGGUCGACAAGUUGGUUGAGCAGGGGAAAACUAUUCAAGAGAUCGAAUCUAGCGCUUCAUUCGACCGAGCGAAUGUGUACGGGGUUACCGCAAACACCGUGCGUGACACGCAGGCAAAAAUUCGUGAGGACCCCUUACUAGCGAUCAAAAAGCGCGAGCAUGCGUCGUUGCAAGCUGUCCUCAACAACCCCGUUGAAUUGAAAAAACUAAAAGAGGCCAAGUCUGGAAAAAAGGACAGAGGAAGCAAGAAGGACAAGAAAGAAAAAAAACACAAGAGAGAGAAAAAGAAGCGCGUGAGGGACGAAGACAGCGAUAGUGAUUCCAGUCAAAACACUGAACUGCGUAGGGCUGCUAAAAGCACGAAAGUUGACAUUGCUGUGCACGGCCGAGAGAACGGCCGAAGCAAUGGUCAUCAUAACCGACGAUCCCGCUCUCGGUCAUUUGGGCGCUCGACAAGACGAUCUUCGUCCGUAGAACGUAAUCGAUAUAGAAGACGUUCUCCUUCGGUUUCCGGCGGGUGGUUUUCGCGACGUUCCCCCUCACCUGCGAGGAGAGGGACAUUCAGAAGGGCAUCUCCCUCUGCAUCCAUAGAGAGAACAUCACGACCUUCUCCAUCGCCAGUAAGAAGUAGAAUGUGGAGGCGAUCUCCUUCCGGAUCGAUCGAAAGGCCCUCCCGCCGUUCUCCAUCAUUGCCAAGAGAACGGCCGAGAAGGAAGUCACCAUUCCGAUCACCAUCCCCUGUGGGAGAACGUGGUGGAAGACGCUCCCAACCACGGGACGGCAGAUCGUUUCGAUCACCUCCUGAGUCCAGCCGACCAAACCAUAUGUCGCCGCGAAGACGGCGCUCUUCACCUUCUCCACGUCCACCUGUUACCGAUGGCAAACAGCAUGAUACCCGUCAAUCACCUCCAACGCCAUCUGCCGAAAGCCUGUCCAAAACGAAUACCGUGCUAAGUACCGCUCAUGCAGAGUAUGAGGCUCGGAAGAAGGCCUUAGAGAGCGAACGUGAACGCCGGUUAGCUGAGAUGAUGAAUAAUGCUCAGGAAUGGGACGCGGCGCGGACUAAGCGCGUUGAGGAAGAGCGUAGACAGGAUGCAGAAGAGCAUGCGCGUGACAUGGACGCAAGAAUGAAGAGGUUGGAAAGAGCUGGAGGAGCGCAGGGCGAGAGCUUUCUCAGAGAUCUCCACAGGCAGACAUUCUCCGGAGAAAGCGCCAGCGCUGCCGACAUGAUACGGAGAAAUAAAGCAUUUGCACAGAGGGCGGGAGGCUUUCUCUCGAAGUCGUAGAGGGAAUCCUUCCCGUAUUAUAUGAGACUAGGCUAGCUGCUAUUGAUUUUACUCUGUUUAUAGUAAAUAUGCUAUUAUACUUGGGUUGUGUAUAUGCGAACAAUGAUCGUACUUAUGACUAUCUACAAG